AACAGGUAGAGAGGGUGCGACAGUUUGCACACGAGUGUGGUCUCGAUGUCCCGCGGUCUGGUGCGAUGAGUGGCGAGGCAGAGCGUUCUGCACAGGGCGUGGGCGAGGGAGAGGAUACUGAGCGUUAUGCGGAGGGAGGUGUUGCGAGAUAUGGGGAGGGUGCGGGUGCUGGGGAGGAGGACGAGGCAGACGUUGACCUAGAGGUUGGCGUGGCUGAGGGAGAGCGGACACCGAGGGGAGACGGGGGCGUGCCGAAGUCCGAUCCGAUGGCUCGUCACAGGGCAGUGGACUGGGAGCGGAAGUGCGAGAAGAAGCCCGUCCCGCCCAAGAUGACAUGCACGCCGAGUUCUUCGAAGAGUGCUGUUCCUGAUAGAGCAUGCACGCCGGGUUCUUCGAAGAGGAAGGAGGGGGGUGCAUAUGUUUCUGCCACCAAUGCAGGGAAGAGGCUGCGGCAACAGAAAAUGACGGACACUUAUGGUGGCGAGUGGAUUGGUCAGUGGAGGAAGGCAUUCUUUCACUGGGUGCAUUUCAGCGGGAUUGCCUUCAAUGCCUUCCACAACACGCCGUACCGGGACCUCCAGCAGGUUGCUCUUCGGCAACCUGGUGGAGCACCUCUUCCCGUGCUUCCAUCCCACAGCGAGAUCGCAAGCAUGCGAGCUGUGGAGAUCCACCGCGAGGAGUUGGCGGAGGAAGCAGCGAGACAUGGAUAUGAUGGGGGGCGAGGAGCUUUGGGGAUCUUUCGGGGCACGAAGGAGAGAUCACCCACUACCGAGCGGGAGGAUACACAUCCUCGCACGACCUUGCGGGAGGAGACGCCUGCCCCCAUGACUGCGAGUGAGGAGCCGGGUCCUACCACGACAGCGUGGGAGCGGACGACUGUUUCGCCGACCGCGCAGGAGCAGACGCCUGCUCCCACGACCACGCAAGAGCAGACGAGUAUUCCCGCGACGCAGUCCGCACCCUCGUCGCAGUCGCCUCUUUCGCGUCAUUCUAUCCCAGCAUCCGCUCCGACCGCUCCCGUUCGACAUGACGAGCGCUCACCUGCACUAGUUGGGAUGGAGGACUUGGGAUCCUCGUUGCGCAUCCGCGGGCAUGGAUCAUUGUUUAGCGUAGGCCAUCAGCUUGUUUUGGACCCUCGUGCAUCGAGCGACUUGGGGGAGAUGGGUGUUCAUAGCGGGGCACCACCGGUGGAGGAGAGGGAGAGACGAGCGGAGGAGCACGGAGCCGCCGGAGCGGGCGGAGUUGAGGGUAUUCGGGGUAUGGAGGACGAGGUAGCUGGAGCAGUGGGGGGCGUGGUGGAGGUAGAUGAUGGUGCGCACGUCGAGAGAGAGGAGGCCAUGGCGAGGGUUGAUGAUGGUGAGCAGGUUGAGGGAGUGGAGGGUGUGCUGCCAUCGGAGGUUGAGAGGGAGCACGACGUGGCGAGGACGCAGGUCGAGAGAGAGGAGGGCGUGGCAGGGGUAGAUGAUGGUGAUGCCCAGGUUGAGAUGGAGGAGGAUGUGGUGAGGGCAGAUGCUGCUGCGUUCGUUGGGGGAGAGGAGGGUGUGGUAGGGGGGGACGUCCCCCAUGGUAGAGGAGAGGGAGGCGACGACCUUGACCCGAUCGUCCAGCGUUUCGUCGAUGACGAGAUAGGUCCCGCACUAAGGGGGGCGUCAGGGUUGGGGAUGGGGGAUUUAAUGGACAUGUCUGUGGGGGAUCCUCCCAGCGCUAGUCACGCAGACAGAGAGGAUGUGGCGCGUGCCCUAGCGGCCGCUGGGCACUCCACAGAGGAGAUCGAGCAGGCAUUUGCAGGAUGCUCCGGGAGAGAGACAGACACGCUUCAGCAGGGGUGCGAGGAGGUAGUAGAGCAGCCACAGGCGGAGAGUGAGGAUGCACCCAAUGCAGAUAUCCCCGGAGGUAGCGGUUCAUUGGUACCAUUCACGGGCAUGCAGAUGACGACGACAAUGCGGCCAGUUCGACCGUGUGUGCAGGGGUCAGAUCCUGGGGAGAUGGCAUUUGUUCAGGUACCACCGCUCAUAGUCGUGGAUUUAGGAUCUGGGCCAACGCUUCAUACACCGGUUACUGGGCGGCGAGCUCCUCAGGAUACAACUCGCCCAUUGGAUUUCGCGGAGCUCGCACGGGUUGCUGUGUGUGACGUGACACGGCAGGAGGACACCGACCCUAGCAAACCACUUAUGUCGCCUCCUCCUCCAAGAUUACGUCACAGUGAUUCCCCCUCGACACCAGUCGGUCGCCCCCCCCGUUCACCAUCCACGCCCACCAGACCCAGGGUUCGUGACACGACGGUCGUAGGGAGCCUCCCUCUUGACACGUCACUAUUCGGGAGGACGGAUAUCGACAUGGAGUCCGUGCGUCGGGUCACAGUGCACACUAUACGACAGCAGCCAGGUUUGGGUUGGGCAGACACCGGGAGGGGUGCGCCGAGGGAGGUCAUGGCGGCCGUAUCUCAGCCGCGAGAUGUUUGUGGGGUUGGACAGGCCGGUCGUACCUUGCAGCCCGCUUUGGCAGCAGCAGCACGUGCUGUGCGUGACCAGACUUCGCGCAGGAGCGGAGUAGCUCGUCCGCAUCCCAUGCCUGCCACGGGGGGUGCCGCAUUGGAGGAGUCUUCUGGAGCCGAGGGGUUGGGGAUGCCGCGCGGUUCUUGUCGUGAGAAGACAGUCGUAGAGGUGACUCAGGUGAGUGCUAGGCUUGUUCGGGUGAGGACGGGGGCUGACCCUGUGACCGUGGUGGAGGACAAUCCCGAGAUGGAGCCUGCAUGUGAGGAGGCCGCACAGGAGGGUGACGAGUACAGGGACGAUGAGGAGCGUGAGGAGGAGGAAAGCAACAGCGGGGAUGAUGACAGCUACCACGACGACGACGACGAGCCCUCCCCUCCACCGCGACAUGGUUCUUGUAGACGACGUGGCUCUCGUAGACGACACAAUGACGUCGACGACCCGUUCCCUCUAGGGCGGCGGGAGACGAGGAGUCGGAGGAGGCAAGGGUCAUCCGUUGCGACAGCGCUGGGGCUUUCAUCGACACGCAACACGAGUGGGGCGAGGCAGAGAGGCAGUGGUAAGGGGAAGGGAUGUCGACGGUAUUGACAGUUUAUUUCCCCUUCCAUGACGCCUUUAUGUUGUUUGUGCUCAGUGUUCUGACGUUUUUGUAUAUUGUUUAGGAUGAC